UGUACAUACCAAUGAAGGAAGUCGAGACGUUUUGCGUUUUCAAGAUGGAAAUGGCGUCAAAAUUAGUUAGAAAGUUACUCUUUUCGAGGUCACUUAGGCAGCGCUGGUCUAUUUUGACAAAGUAGUGGGGGGAAAAUAGUACAUGUAAAAAUACAUUUUAAAAAGUCAUCCGAAAACAAAAAGUACAGAAAUCUGUUUAAAAAAAAGAGAGAAAUAGUCUUAAAGAACGCAAUCUACUUGAGCGACAAAGUUAUCGUCAUUCGUUACUUCCCACCACACACACGCACAACUGUUGGUAAUGAGCACCCCCCCCCCCCCCCCACUUCCAGAGUUUCGGCCCAGUAAACCGCGUGCGUCAGAAUGUACGUUGAGCGACAUCGGAUGGCUGAGCGGCGCGCGCGCGCAUUCACGCACGCACGCACGCGCGCUCGUACCCACUCGAAGCGCUCCAGCGGAUGAACGUCGACGGCGUCGUGGAUUCACGCGUCAGACAGUUUGCGUAGACGCGCCGCAAACCCCGAGCUCCAGAUGUCCGUGCGUCGGAAGAAAACAAGCCACCCACCCACGUCGGAGUGACUCACGGUUUAAAGUAGUCGAAUAAGCGGUCGCCGGUGCGGACGGGGAGAUUUCUGCGUGAGGUGAUCUGGCUCCUUUGUUGCUCCUACUUAAAAGCCGCGCCGGGGCCGCGUGGUUUUAUGGGGCUGAGAGGCGUUGAACUGCAGCCGCCACACGCACACGCAGCCGGUGACACAUAUGGACAACACGCGUGCGCAUCUUCAUUAAACGCCGCACUUUUGGCUCGCCCGAAACUCCGCUUAACUUCCAAGUUGUCAGCGCGCCGACGCGGCGAUUGGCAGACGGCGAACGCGCGUCGAGUUUAGCCACAGAAAGAGAGAGAAAAAAAAGGACCUCUGAAUACUUUGGGCGGGGGCAAGGGGGCGGGGGGGACGUUUUCACAAGAACCUUGUCCACCAAGAAGAUGCGUCAGGAGGUCGUGAGGAGAGUUCAGAUGUCGCUCGUCAUGUUGUCCAUGCUGCUGCUGAGCUUGGCCACGGGAUUCCCAAGCAGACACAGGAAUGCUGCUCACAAGGGUCACGGCCACCCGCUUCCCAGCGGCGGGAUCCAGUAUGAUCCCGAUGCCUUGGAGAAGCAGAACCAGGUGCAAAGUGUGCCGGAGCCCCACGGCCAUCAGAGAAAAUGGAGCCACCCUCAGCACCGCUCCGUCGGCGUCCUGCCUCAGCCAGAACCCGAGGAGGAGACCAAGCCCUUCAUCCUGGAUUUGAAGAACUUCCCAGACCUGGCGAACGCCGAUUUGAACUCCCAAAACCCCAACAUACAGGUCACCAUCGAGGUGGUGGAUGACCCUCAGAUGGAGGUCGAGAUGGACCUGGCCAAGGACAACGACUGGAUAGCGUCCUCUUCGUCCUCGCCCUCUUCCUCGGUCGACUGGCUGGGAGGGAAGAAGCUUUUCUGGCCUCUUUUCUGGAGCUACACCGACUCCGGCGAGGACGGCAACAGCCGAGCGACCAUAGAGGAAACCGGCGAAGAAGAGGAGGACGAUUAUGCUCUCUACAGCAGCGAGGAGCCUUCUCUCAGCGGCGUCGGCGGCGAUUGGGGCAAUUACUGGAACGAAGGAUGGGAUCCGCUACAGACCUAUUAUGCAGAGAAGGAGACUGACGAGUGGACUCCGUGGUCUCCUUGUUCGGUCACGUGCGGACCCGGCGAGAGGAAGAGGACCAAGUCGUGCGGCUACUCUUGCACUCUGACGGAAGCCUCCAAGUGCGACCUGCAACCAUGUCCCGGUGAAGUCAACACGGUGGUGGAGCCGUUCCCUUUCGACAUGGAGAACGGCACCGAGCCCUUCGGAACGGAUGCGGACAGCUGCGAAAAGUGGCUGAACUGCAAGAGCGACUUUCUCCAGAGGUACCUGCGCCAGGCGUUCCUGGAGCUGCCCAGCUGCCCCUGCUCCUUCCCCUCCGAGGCGGCGUACACGGUGGUCAGCGUCCGCGACGACUCUCGCGGACGGACGUUCCGAUGGCGCGACGCCAGCGGCCCCAAGGAGCGCCUGGACAUCUACAAGCCCUCGGCCCGCGGCUGCAUCCGCUCGGCGCUCUCCGGCGACUCGUCCACCUUGGCGGCGCAGCACUGUUGCUACGACGACCGCGGGCGCCUCAUCACCAGGGGCAAAGGCGCCGGCAUGCCCGACUUGAUCAGCACCGAGUUCUCGCCGGAGCUGCACUUCAAAGUGGACGUGCUGCCUUGGAUCCUGUGCAAGGGCGACUGGAGCCGCUUCCAUGUCGUGCGGCCGCCCAAUAACGGCCUCGAGUGUCCGGAGAACCCCCGCGAAGACGUCUUCAUGAACGAGUUGGAGGAGGCCCGGGAGUACUGACGGACCGCAGCCAAAACGACGGCCUACCUUGAAACAACAUCAUGUAGUGUGUGUCCCGCUGCAUGCCGCGUAACCGUUGUCACGUAUCACCAAGAGAAUACCUUCCCCGAUCUCCUCACGACAGGCUCCCUUUGAAGGAAGAAAAUUGGAGCACCUUAUACACGGA